UUCAUUUCAAAAUCAUGUUAUAUUUCAAUUCCAACUUCUUCUUCUUCUAAUUAUAUCAUCAUGGACAGAAACAAUUCCCGCAGACAAGUUGCUGCAUUGAAACAGUCACUCUUUGAUCAGGGACUUCUUGAUGAACAAUUUAUCCAACUUGAAGAACUUCAAGAUGAUGCUAAUCCUAAUUUUGUUGAGGAAAUUGUCACUCUUUACUACCGCGAUUCAUCUAGGCUUAUCUCUAACUUGGAACAGACACUGGAGAGGAAUCCAUUGGAUUUCAACAAACUGGACACAAUCAUGCAUCAGUUUAAAGGAAGCAGCUCAAGCAUUGGAGCGAAAAAGGUGAAAGCAGAAUCGACUCAAAUUAGGGAAUAUUGCAGAACAGGAAAUGCAGAAGGGUGUAGGAAGAGUUAUCAACAAAUGAAGAAAGAAUAUGUAGCUUUGAGAAAGAAACUUGAGAAUUAUUUUCAACUAGCUAGGCAAGUUGGGCCUAUUGAAAGAGCAUGUCGCCCAAAGUAAACAACACCUUAUAGAAUAGAGAUAUAUUGAAGGCAUGAAAUGAAAGUGUAAUUGGUGAAUUUUGUAGAAGAAAACAUGUUCAGUAUUCACCAAUAUAUAAUAUACAAGGUCUAUCCAAUGUUUUUUGUAAUCAAAAAGGGAUAUAAAAAUCCUGCUAUGGAGCUUCAUAGAGUUUAUACUAUUAAUGCAGAGGAAAUUAUGUUGCCGCAAGUUACAAGUAUCUUUAUCCUUAUUCUUUCUUUCUAUGCUAUUGGCUCAAGUAUAAAAAUCUAUUGCCAUUUAUGUUACCUCAACUUAAAUAUGAGGAAUUGGGAGGGAGAUUACCAAAUUCUGAAAACAGAAAAAUAAGAGAGACUGUUUCCUGCAAUAAAGAGGUGAUCCACAUAAACAAGUUAAUCAGUGUGUUAGAGUGGAAAUUUAAGCAGGAGAAAACUCAACGAAUAGUGCUAGCCACGUUGAAAAAUGCUAAGUGUAAAAAAGUCUCGACUGAAAAACUUCAACUUAUUAAUCAUGUCGAGUAAAGUAGUUCGACUAGCGUGGUAAGUGUUGUACCCUAAAAUUUAUCCUCCUAAUUUAUUUCUAGCUGGCUUAAGCUUUGCAUUAGGUCAUAUGCAUACAUACAUAUCAUUCGCACUGUGGUAACCGGAUGAAGGUUUCAUCUUUCAAGAGUUACAGCAAAUGAUCAUUCCGUCAGUUAAUAAAGUGAAGCAGAAUUCAGGUUUCUGGAAGUUCGAUUACGGCCCGCAUAUUUUCUUAAGCUCUUAAAUCGAGGACCAUCAAGUGCUCAUCAUUACAAGCUCCCAUGCAUUCCAGUAUGCUUUGAAUUGCAGAAGAAAUCAAGUGUUUUCGUUGCUUCGAGACAAUUCAGAUCAAAAGUCUGUUUUACUUUGCGAGUUUGAAAUUCGUAACUUCCGUCCGAAAAAUCAUGUUGUGUUAGUUCUUGCGCCAUUUUAGCCUUCUUGACGUUCUCUAUAUUUUUUAUGUUUGGGCCGGAAGCCGAUUCUUUGAGGAAGACUCCCAAAAGUACAAAUCACCUAAAAUUCGGACUUGCUAGUCAACUGUUUCUUGGAUGUUCUGAAAUUCAUAACUUCUGAUCGGAAAGUUGUUUUGAAGCGAUUCUUGCACCAAAAGAACCGUCUUGAUGUCUACUUCGUUUCAUAUGUCCGAGCCGAGAAUCGAUUCUUUGAGGAAAAUCUCCGAAUAUGCGAUUACCCUGAAGUUGUAUAGUGAAAAUUUAGUGGAAACGGUGUGCUGAACCGUCAUCCUUCGGAUAUUCAAAAAUUCAUAACUUUUGAGUCGUUCAACAUUUUUGAGCGGGUCUUUUUGCUAAUGGUCCAUCUUGACGUCUUCUUCAGUUCAUGGGGUUUUAUUUGUAUGACAGCGACACAUGAAAUAAGUUGAAAAUUUAGCUUUUUAAGCUUGAUAUUAAUUUUGUUGUUGAUUGAUAUUGAAUGAUAUUUG